AUGAGCCCCUCCGCGCGCUCGCCGGAGCAUUUCCCCCGCCCGCCGAGUCUGUUGCGCGUCCUGUCCCGCUUCGUACUCUGCUCCACCCUCAUCCUGGCUCUCAGCGUGGCUCUCAAGACCCGCUCCCGCCUCUCCCUCCUGCUUCCUUCCUUCUCCUACUCUUCUUACACUCAGCACCCCGCAACCAUGGCCUAUCAACAAGAACGCUACAUCGCCGAGCUCGCCGUCCAACGGGCGACCCUGCUCACCCAGAAGGUCUUCUUUGAGAAGGCCAAGGGUACCGUGUCCAAGGACGACAAAUCCCCCGUCACCAUUGGCGACUUCGGCGCCCAGGCCCUCAUCAUUCAGGCCAUCCGCAAGAACUUCCCCAACGAUGAGAUUGUCGCCGAGGAGGAGGCCAGCUCCCUGCGUGAGGACAAGGCUCUGAGCGCUGAGAUCUGGCGCCUGGUCAAGGAUAUCAAGCUGGACGACCCGGAGAGCGAUAGCGUGCUGGGUGGUCCCCUGACCAGCGAGGAGAGCAUGGUGGAUAUUAUCGAUCAGGGCAAGAGUGCUGGUGGCGGCAAGGGCCGUAUCUGGGCUCUGGACCCCAUCGACGGCACCAAGGGAUUCCUCCGUGGCGGUCAGUACGCCGUCUGCCUUGGUCUGAUUGUUGACGGUGAUGUCAAGGUCGGAGCCAUUGGUACUCCUAACCUUCCCGUUGACGACGCCGCCUCCCUUGAUGCCAGCACCGGUGCCCAGCAGACUAGCACCUCCGCGAACGGAGUUCUUUUCUCCGCCGUCCUGGGCGAGGGCGCCACCAGUCGUCCCCUGUCCAACGGCACUCUCGCUGAGAGCAAGUCCAUCACCAUGCGUCCAGUCCCCAACAUCGCCCAAGCCGUCUUCUGCGAGGGUGUUGAGGCCGCUCACUCUGCUCAGGGUGACAACGCUGCCGUCGCCGAGCGUCUCGGCAUCACUGCCCCCAGCGUCCGUCUGGACUCGCAGGCCAAGUACUGCUCGAUCGCUCGCGGUGCCGGUGACAUCUAUCUCCGCCUUCCCGUCAAGAAGGACUACCAGGAGAAGAUCUGGGACCACGCCGCCGGCGACAUUAUUGUCCGUGAAGCCGGUGGCCAGGUGACCGACAUCUAUGGAAACCGGUUGGACUUCAGCAAGGGCCGGACCCUGGCUGCCAACAAGGGUGUUGUGGCUGCCCCCAAGGCUCUACAGGACCAGGUCAUUGAUGCCGUCAAGGUUGUCCUGAAGCUGUAA